UGGGCAUUGGACAAAUUUGUGCCUGAAGGAAAGGUUUGCUUCAAGCUCUUAUACGUCCGGCCCUGCAUAACUGGUGUGCCAACUCCCAGUAAGUUGUUUCUCUUCAAUGUAUUAUCUCCAAAGCUUUCUGGUAUACGACAACUUCUUUCUCAUUGCAGUAAGAUGAUUAUAGACUUAAGGAAAUUGAUGAGCUCCUCCUAGCAUGGUAGUUAGGCCAAAGUAUAGAUUAAUAUUCUUUAAGUCCAGUGCUUUAGAUUCUUUGUCUAUAAUGAUAGUAGAUUCACAUUCUUAUAAGUCUAGUGCUUUAGAAUCUUAGUCCGUGAUGACUGUUGAUCUUGCAACUGAGGUGUGUGUUAUGUUCUUUAAAUAUCUGAACCUGUAGUUUAGAGGAGAAGGAAGAUCACUUCAGUUUUUGUAGUUGAGAAAAACCUUUGUACAAUGAGAAUAUGCUCUACUUUUUCUUUUUGGAUGCUUGGGGUCUUUAGGUUCUGUCGGAAACAACCUCUCUGCCUUCUUAAAGGUAGGGGAAAGGACUGCGUACGCCUUUUCUUGCUGGAGCCGACCAUGUAAGCUUUCUAGUCUACACGCACUCUGACAUAGUGGCAAUAUAAGCGAUAUGCUUUCAGUCCUUCUACAAGAACACCUUCCUCUGGGACAAAAUGCAAGCAGAAGGGUAAAUGGAAAUAACAAAUCCUUGAGGAUGCUAACUUGACCAAAGCUUCUUUCUCAUAUUGCAAUUAGUAUGUUACUGGGAAACCUUAUACCUAUUUCACAAGUGCGGGAUGAUGUAGUGGCUGCUUUCCGAAAGGAUGUUGAAUGGCAAACAAGUGAAAAGCUGCAUCCUUGCAAGAUGUUAUGCACUAAACGAAAGGUCCUAGUAGAAGUUUUACAACUCGAAUCAGAUGAUAUCGCGAAAGCAAUAGCGGAGGAAGUCUCCAAGCUUAACAUCACCAAGCUUGUCAUAGGUGCUUCAUGUCGUAGCAUCUUUUCUAGGGGACAAAGCUUAUCCUCAAGAAUCUCAGACAGUAUUCCAAGCUUUUGUACCAUCUAUGCUGUUUCAAGAGGAAAGUUGUUAUCGAUACGUCCUUCUAACUCAGAGAUAAAUGGAAGCAGUUGGACUGAAGAUAGCAACACAAGCUGCUCAAUCAGCAGUUCAACAGGCCACUCUUCCAGUUUACUAACAGAAAAGUCAGACCUGGACUCAAGUUCUUCGUACAGUCAAUUCCGUUCUCCUUCACUGCCAAUGCAAAGAUUUCAAGCUCUUUCAAAUAUUAAUCACAACUUUCCUCAUAGAAGAGCAAUCUCAAAUGAAACCGUCCACCAUAAGAACUAUUCUCUUGAUUUUGGAUACAGCGAGGACGAUGUCAGUUGUUGUCCCCAAAGAUCAUUUCUUAGUGAAAGGAAUAACCUUGCUUCUAGUUUUAGGAGCUUAGUAACAGACUUUUAUACAACGGCAGAUGAUCAAGCUUCCACCUCAGGGGCUCCAACAGAUUUAUCAUUGAGAAAUGAGGCGGAUAUCAAUUUUGAGCUAGAGAAGCUAAGAACUGAACUAAGACAUACUCAAGGAAUGUACGCAGUUGCACAAACUGAAGUACUUGAUGCUUCUAGGAAGAUGAAUGAGCUUCAAAAGCGCCGGUUGGAGGAAGAAAUUAAACUCCAGGAAAUUAGUUUAAAGGAGGAAGAAGCAAAAGAUUUGGUACGAAAAGAGAAUGAGGAGUACAAAGCUGCAAAAAGAGAAGCUGAUUAUGUGAAGGACUGUGCUGAAAGAGAGGCUGCACUAAGAAAAGAAGCGGAACUAUUAGCCUUACGUGAGGCAAAAGAAAAAGACAAGCUUGAAAAUGCCUUGACAGAUCAGGCACAUCAGUACCAGGAAUUUACUUGGGAAGAAAUCGUAUCUUCCACCUCUUCAUUUGCUGAAAAUCUUAAAAUUGGUAUGGGCGCAUAUGGAACCGUUUAUAAGUGCAGCUUGCGUCAUACUACAGUCGCCGUCAAAGUUCUUCACUCCAAGGGAUCUGACCUGACGAAGCAGUUUCAGCAAGAGCUGAAAAUAUUGAGCAAAAUUCGUCAUCCACACUUGUUAAUCCUUCUUGGCGUGUGCCCUGAUCGUGGUUGCUUAGUAUAUGAGUUCAUGGAAAAUGGUAGCUUAGAGGAGAGGCUGUUCAGGAAAUAUGAUACACCUCCAAUUCCGUGGUUUGAUAGAUAUCGAAUUGCAUGGGAAGUGGCCUCUGCGCUCGCCUUUCUUCACAACUCCAAGCCAGAUCCAAUUAUUCAUCGUGAUCUAAAGCCAGCUAACAUAUUGCUUGAUCGUAAUUUUGUCAGUAAAAUUGGCGAUGUUGGCCUGUCAACAAUGAUAAAUUCAGACGCUGCAUUAUCCACCAUUUACAGAGAUACAGGUCCUGUGGGAACACUUUGCUACAUCGACCCUGAGUACCAAAGGACCGGAAUGAUCUCUCCAAAAUCUGACGUUUAUGCACUUGGGAUGGUUCUCUUGCAGUUGUUAACAGCAAAAGCAGCAAUGGGACUUCCCCACAUUGUUGAAACAGCAAUCGAUAAGGAUAGUCUAACUAAGAUACUAGAUUCAAAGGCUGGUGAAUGGCCAUUAGAAGAGACAAAGAAACUAGCAGUGCUAGCACUUAAAUGCACCGAGAUUUGUCGAAAAGACAGGCCUGAUUUGAAAGAUGAAAUUCUCCCUGCGUUGGAGAAAUUGAAAGAGGUUGCUGAUAAGGCUCGAGAUUCUGCCUCAACUACCCGGCCUCCUCCUCCUACCUACUACUUAUGCCCUUUGCUCAAGGAUGUAAUGGAGGAACCUUGUGUGGCAGCUGAUGGGUAUACUUACGACAGGAAGGCGAUAGAAACAUGGCUAAAGGAGUACGAUAUAUCACCUAUGACAAAACUACCGUUACCUCAUAAGAACCUUCUACCAAAUUAUGCACUGCUUUCUGCAAUUCUGGACUGGAAAUCAAGAAAGGAUGGAUAUAUUUAGAUUGUUUAGAUAGAUCUUUUUUAGAUUAUAGUCUAGUUUAACAUAGCUUAUCAAAUAUAUGUGCCUUAAUGGCUUUACAGAAUCAACCAGCCAUUAGAUUUGGAUGUUUCUUUGUAAGUGUAAAAUGUGAAAGUGUGAAACUGAGUAAACAGUCCAAGAGUAUAGUCAUGUUAGGGUGAUAAGAAUAUGUGAGAAGAAAAGAGUAGUGCAAGGAGAAGGAAGAAAGUUGCAUAUGAUAUAACAUGCAUCAGUCUUGAACUCCUGUAUUCAUCAGUGAAGUUGCAAUGGUCAUGUUAAGACCUCCUUAAUACUAAACAUAGCGUUUGCAAUCUCCUUGUGAAGUUGGCAUUUUAUGGAUUAGACUUCAGAUUGCAUAAAAUUCUUGUUUCUGUUAGAGUUUUGCAAAAGGAAUGAAUUUGCUUCUCAUGUCU